CGGCGGUUCUUAGAAUUGGCAGCCGCCUGUCUCCAAAUACACCGCCUUGUGACCACCGAACAGGCAGGUCAAAGUAGAUCUCAAACAUUGUGAAGUGAUGGCGGAGCCGCUGAUUUGGGAUCUUGGGAGCGAAGCCAAAGCAUUGCAUUUGCAGGAUAAAAGCAGCAGCAUCCCUUGGCUCCAAUAAUUACUGUUGCACUUUAGCAAAUCUUCGCAGCAUUUUCUUUUACAAGAGCCGCGUUUCUAACUGUGACAAUUGAUUGGCGUCUGCUUGGUCUGCAAGAAUGCAACAAGUUGAUUGCAGCAGGGACUACCCUAUCUAUCUUUCAGACGUUAGAGCCAUGGUUUAGUUCAUUCAUUCGACAAAUUGGAUUUCUGGCAUUGCCUCCCUAUUUUGCACUGUGAUCUCUUUCUCCAAGGAAACAAAACUACACACAUUUCUUGCUUAGCACUGUGGUUUACAAGAACCAGUAAUCAUGAGGAGGUUGACUUGGUGCAAGGUAGUCCUGGCUACUUCUUUGGUCUGGGUUCUGCUGGAUGUCUUCUUAUUACUGUACUUCAGUGAAUGCAACAAAUGCGAUGACAAAAAAGAUCGAUCCCUGUUACCAGCCUUGAGGGCUGUCAUAUCCAGAGCACAAGAAGGUCCAGGUGAGAUGGGAAAGGCAGUCCUUAUUCCUAAGGAAGAUCAAGAGAAAAUGAGGGACUUGUUCAAAAUCAACCAGUUUAAUCUCAUGGCCAGUGACAUGAUUGCAUUUAAUAGAACUCUGCCAGAUGUGAGAUUGGAAGGAUGCAAGACAAAAGUCUACCAAGAUAAUCUUCCAGACACAAGUGUGGUUAUUGUUUUUCAUAAUGAGGCCUGGAGCACUCUUCUGCGCACAAUUCACAGCGUGCUCAUUCGUUCGCCCAAAAAGGUACUUAAAGAGAUCAUCCUAGUGGAUGAUGACAGUGAAAGAGAUUUUCUGAAGAAACCUUUAGAGAAUUAUGUUAAGAAUUUACAAGUUCCAGUGAAGAUAAUUAGAAUGGAACAACGAUCCGGAUUGAUACGUGCCAGGCUCCGUGGUGCAGCUGCUUCAAAGGGCCAGGUCAUUACUUUUCUAGAUGCACACUGUGAAUGCACUGUCGGCUGGCUUGAGCCCCUACUGGCGAGAAUUAAAGAAAACAGAACAGCUGUGGUUUGCCCAAUUAUAGACGUAAUUAGUGAUGAUACGUUUGAAUACAUGGCUGGGUCGGAUAUGACAUACGGUGGCUUUAACUGGAAAUUGAACUUCCGCUGGUAUCCUGUCCCUCAGAGAGAGAUGGACCGCAGAAAAGGGGACAGAACAAUAUCCGUUAGGACACCUACCAUGGCCGGGGGCUUGUUUUCGAUUGACAGGGAUUAUUUUGAAGAAAUUGGAACAUAUGAUGCAGGGAUGGAUAUUUGGGGUGGAGAGAACCUGGAGAUGUCUUUUCGGAUAUGGCAGUGUGGUGGUUCCUUGGAAAUUAUUACUUGUUCUCACGUUGGUCAUGUGUUCCGUAAAGCAACCCCAUAUACUUUCCCUGGUGGUACUGGACAUAUCAUUAACAAGAACAAUAGACGCCUGGCAGAAGUCUGGAUGGAUGACUUCAAGGACUUCUUCUACAUUAUAUCACCAGGUGUUGUUAAAGUGGAUUAUGGGGAUGUGUCAGCUAGAAGAGGCCUAAGAGAAAGACUGAAGUGUAAAUCUUUCUCAUGGUACUUGGAAAAUAUUUAUCCUGACUCCCAAAUCCCAAGGCGUUACUACUUACUUGGUGAGAUUAGAAAUGUUGCUACAAACCAGUGCCUUGAUAAUAUGGGGCGGAAGGAAAAUGAAAAAGUGGGCAUCUUCAAUUGCCAUGGUAUGGGAGGAAAUCAGGUAUUCUCCUACACAGCAGAUAAAGAAAUCAGGACAGAUGAUCUAUGCCUGGAUGUGUCUAGGCUAAAUGGUCCAGUUGUCAUGUUGAAGUGUCAUCACAUGAGGGGGAACCAGCUGUGGGAAUAUGAUGUACAGAGAUUAGCGCUGCGACAUGUAAACAGUAAUCAGUGUCUGGAUGAGCCAUCUGAGGAAGAUAAAAUGGUUCCAACCAUGAAGGACUGCAGUGGAAUCCGAUCACAACAGUGGGUGCUUCGCAACAUGACCCUGAGUCCCUGAAGGUGGAAAAAAAAUUGGAAUCAAUUUCUUCCGCGUUCCUAGUGCUAAUUUUCACUUUGUAUUUCUUUUAACAUAAAAUCUACAAAGAAUUCUUGGCCUUUUGUGAUCCUGAGUGGACUAAAACAAACCUUGGGAACUUGUGACUGAUUGAUUAGAAAUACAUUAGGGAUUGUUGUUAUCUCAACAACAUGGCAUGUCUGUACAUGCCCACUCUUAAUUUGCAUUUACUUCAGUAGAAAGCACAUUAGAAACUAUAAAUAGCAUGAUAAGUGCUAUUGUCAAUGCUAUAAAAACUUGAAAUGUUUCAGCUGAUAAAUGUCCUCAUGGUCUUGAAAGUAGCAGCAUUGCAAACCAGAUUACCCAAUCAUAUCAGCACAGAAUCAGUCAGAAAGUGAUAUGUGGACAGAUGCCUUAAAAGAAUAGUUGAAAUAAGAUAAAGAUAUUUUAGAACAGAAAAAAAAAUCCAAUUCUUGUUCUAAAUGUUUGGAUUAGCCCUUCACUGUUAAUCUGAAUGUUGCUUACUACCUUGUGGUAGGUUUUAAAUGGUGAAAUACCAGAAACUGAAUGAGUCACUGUUUUUCAGCUAUAAAGCUAAUACACCUGAUAUCAUGUUACUAGAGUCUUUUGUGGCUACAGGGAAUAUAUUAUUGAUACUUUUGGAAAUCAUGUAUCCUACAUAAUUCGAGUGCAUGGUCAGAUACUUGAUAAACAAAUUGUAUAGAAAGUAAUUAAUUUGAAUCUAAAUACUAUUUGCAUAUCAGUCACAGCUUAAUUCAAAAAUCACAACAUAGAUUAUUCAAACCUAGAAUAUAUCAGAAUGUAUUGCUGACAGUUUUAUAUUUUUAAGCCGGCUUCCUGUUUGUAGGUUGUAAAUCAAAGUAUUAAUGUAACAACAUUUCUGACUUUAAGAUUACAUUUUCAAAAGAAGCUUAAGAAUUUUAGGCCAACUGAAUAUGUGGUGUAAUACAAUUGGAAUAAAAACAGCUUUGGUGUUUUGAAGUCAUACCAUUGGCAGUGGCCAACUAUGGUAGAUAAUAGACUAAAACCAUCCUUUGCAUAUUUUAUUUUGAUGUCCCAUUAAGUUUGAGUUUUGAAUGUUUACAAUGUAACAUCUCAUACAUGUUUUGAAACUGGUUGCAGCAGGCUUUUUUUUAGAGGUUGUCUUCCUAAGGGAACCAUGAGAUGAAACCGUUUCAAUCUAUACAGCAUGUGUAAUAUCAAUUGAUGCAAUAGCAGCUCAACUGAAAAGCUUGGCCAGUGUUCAUAUCAUAUGCAUUCUGUUUAGCAAUAGCCUGCAGAUGGUGUAAUUGUAUUCUUUGCUGUAAAUUGAGCCAUUUGUACAUUUUUGUAGAAAUUAAAUUUUAUGAACAAUUCC